GUUGAAUUCAAUAAAUUAUCUUUUACUUGUUUGAAAAGGUUGAAACCCAAAGCGUUUCCUUACGGAAAGGCAAACUCUAACUCUAUAUAUAUCGAUCGAAUACAUGCAAUAGCUAGCAAGCCAUAAUUCGUACGAUCAUAUACUACCUACCCAUAAGUCAUAACAACGAUCUCAGCUUGAAAUAAUGGCCGGCGGCGGUAAAGGAGGAGGGGGUGGAGGUGGCGGUAAAGGCGGGGGAUCUGGUGGAGGCGGUGGAAAAGGCGGCAGCUCUACUGGAGGAGGGGGAAGCGCUAGAGGUGGGGCUUCCGGUGGAGGAGGUGGCGGUGGAAAGGGUGGAGGAGCUUCUGGGUGCAGUGGGGUUGGUGGAGGUGGCGGUCGGACGGGAUCGAUGCCCGCCCCUGGCGGUGGUGGGCAGUACAUUUCGAGGGCUGACUUUGAGGCGAACCCGCAAGCGUACUUUUCUGGUUUGCACGCCCAAGAGAAGGCUGGGAAGUAAUUCAUAAUUAAUUAAUGCGGACUAAUUAAUGUACUCUAUGCUAAAUUAGUGUGCUUCAAAUAAUGCUGGCAUCAAUAAAACACUUACAUUAAUUAAUGAAUUACCGCUUUAAUU